AUGUAUAAUGAGAUUAGCCAUGUGGACAAGGACUCUCCUCGUUGGGUAAUUCAAGCUACUUCUAUUACAGCCGUGAGAGGUAAGGGUUUUACCAGAGGUGUGAGAGGUAAAGAUGGUGGAGCCCGUGGUGGUGGUUGUAGGGUCAACCAAGUAAUUAGUGGUCAUGGUCAGUGUUAUGCUAUACCAGCCAGACCUGAGUCAGAGACUUCUGAUGUUGUGAUUACAGCUCCGUUGACCAAGUUGACUCAGGAGAAGAUUUCCUCCCAGCGGUCUGAUGCUUGUGAGAAAAUUUCACUCUCAAUACCAACCAACAGUAUACUCUCCUACCAUAAUCGAUCACCACCAGCUACGCUUCGACCACAAUCACCACUGGUACUCUCCGACCACAAUCGACCAAGUGCUCUGACCACUAAUUGGCCAUCAGUGCGUGCUCCGACCACAAAUCGACCACCAAUGCUCCGACCACAAAUCAGCUACUCCACUAUUACGACAACCACUUCUAUUUUAACUCUCAAAUUUGCACUUCAAUUUUUUAGCAAAGUUGGGGUUUUCUUCCCCUAUCUACAUUUGGAGAUUAGAAAAGAGACAUUGGAUUGGAUGUUGAGGGUUAUUAGUUACUAUGGGUUUACUGCUAAGACUGUUGUUUUAGCUGUCUACUAUUUUAAUAGGUUUAUAUCUGGAUUUUGCUUUCAGAAAGAUAAGCCUUGGAUGAGGCAGCUUGCUGCUGUUGUAUGUCUUUCUAUUGCUGCUAAAAUGGAGGAGACCCAAGUGCCCCUUCUGUUAGACCUUCAAGUUGCUGAUUCAAGAUUUGUGUUUGAGGCAAAGACUAUACAAAGAAUGUUACUUUUGGUGCUUUCCACUUUUGAGUGGAAAAUGAAUUUGGUUAUUCCAUUAUCUUUCAUUGAUCAUAUUAUAGGGAGAUUUAGAUUUAUGAACAACCUGCAUUUGGAUUUUCUUAAGAAGUGUGAACGCCUCAUUCUCGAUAUUAUCGCUGAUUCUAAGCUUGUGCAUUAUACUCUAUCUGUUAUUGCAACUGCAACAAUGUCUUUUGAGGUCAAUGAGAUCGAGUCUUGCAAUGCUAUGGAAUACCAGAAUCAACUCAUAAGUGUUCUUAAAGUCGGAAACAUGUGCUAUCUUUCACAUUUGAAUUUUAAGUUCUCUUUUGGCAUAUUAGCAAAUCCAAGUGGUGUCAUUGAUGCAUAUUUUAGUUGCGAGAGCUCGAAUGAUUCAUGGUCAGUAGCAUCUUCCAUUUCAUCCUCACCUGAGCCUCAGUAUAAGAGAAACAAAACUCAGGAUUAGCAUAUGAAACUGGCUCCGC